ACGUCAGCGGCCGCGUUGCCGGGUGACGGCGGUGGCGCCCGGGCCCGCGGUUGGGGCCUGACGUCAAGGCCCGAUGGCCGCCCGCCCGCCCGGCAGCAUGGAGGCGGUGGCAGGCCCGGCCGGCCGCCGCUGAGAUGGACCUCAAGGGCCAGUACUGGACGGACGAUGACUCCGACGGGGACAAUGAAUCCGAGGAGUUCCUCUAUGGCGUCCAGGGGACCUGUGCCGCCGACCUGUACCGUCACCCGCAGCUGGACGCCGACAUCGAAGCCGUGAAGGAGAUCUACAGCGAGAAUGCCGUGGCCGUCAGGGAGUACGGGACCAUCGAUGACGUGGAUAUUGACCUCCACGUGAACAUCAGCUUCCUCGAUGAGGAGGUGGCAACGGCGUGGAAGGUGCUGCGGGCGGAGCCCAUCGUCCUCCGCCUGCGCUUCUCCCUCUCCCAGUACCUCGAUGGCCCCGAACCGUCCAUCGAGGUUUUCCAGCCGUCCAACAAGGAGGGCUUCGGGCUGGGUCUGCAGCUGAAGAAGAUCCUGGGCAUGUUCACUUCCCAGCAAUGGAAACAUCUCAGCAACGAUUUCCUGAAGACCCAGCAGGAGAAGCGGCACAGUUGGUUCAAGACGAGCGGCACCAUCAAGAAGUUCCGUGCUGGCCUCAGCAUCUUCUCCCCCAUCCCCAAGUCUCCCAGCUUCCCCGUCAUCCAAGAUUCGGUGCUCAAGGGCAAACUGGGCAUCCCCGAGCCUCGCGUCAACCGCCUGAUGAACCGCUCCGUCUCCUGCACGGUGAAGAACCCCAAGGUGGAGGUUUUUGGCUACCCCCCCACCAGCACCCAGGCAGGUGUCGCCCCCUUCAACAUCCUGGUCGGCGGCCACUGCAAGAAUGUCCCGACGCUGGAGUACGGCUUCCUCGUCCAGAUCAUGAAGUACGCGGAGCAGCGCAUCCCGACGCUCAACGAGUACUGCGUGGUGUGCGACGAGCAGCACGUCUUCCAGAACGGCUCCAUGCUCAAGCCGGCGGUGUGCACCCGCGAGCUCUGCGUCUUCUCCUUCUACACCCUGGGCGUCAUGUCGGGCGCGGCGGAGGAGGUGGCCACGGGCGCCGAGGUGGUGGACCUGCUGGUGGCCAUGUGCCGUGCGGCCCUGGAGUCCCCGCGCAAGAGCAUCAUCUUCGAGCCUUACCCUUCCGUGGUGGACCCCAACGACCCCAAAACACUUGCCUUCAACCCAAAGAAGAAGAACUACGAACGGCUGCAGAAGGCCCUGGACAGCGUGAUGUCCAUCCGGGAGAUGACCCAGGGGUCCUACCUGGAGAUCAAGAAGCAGAUGGACAAGCUGGACCCCCUGGCCCAUCCCCUCCUGCAGUGGAUCAUUUCCAGCAACAGAUCCCACAUCGUCAAGCUGCCCCUCAGCAGGCAGCUGAAGUUCAUGCACACCUCCCACCAGUUCCUCCUGCUCAGCAGCCCCCCCGCCAAGGAAGCCCGGUUCCGCACUGCCAAGAAACUCUACGGCAGCACCUUCGCUUUCCACGGCUCUCACAUUGAGAACUGGCACUCCAUCCUCCGCAACGGGCUGGUCAACGCUUCCUACACCAAACUGCAGCUGCAUGGAGCAGCCUAUGGCAAGGGCAUCUAUCUGAGCCCCAUCUCCAGUAUUUCCUUUGGAUACUCAGGGAUGGGGAAAGGGCAGCACCGGAUGCCUUCGAAGGAUGAGCUGGUGCAGAGGUACAACCGGAUGAACACCAUCCCUCAGACCCGCUCCAUCCAGUCCCGCUUCCUUCAGAGCCGCAACCUGAACUGCAUCGCGCUUUGCGAAGCCGACAGCCCCUUCCCCCGGCAGUCAUCACCUCCAAGGACCUGCAGAAACACGGCAACAUCUGGGUCUGCCCCGUCUCGGAUCACGUCUGCACCCGCUUCUUCUUUGUGUACGAAGACGGCCAAGUGGGAGACGCCAAUAUCAAUACUCAGGACCCCAAAAUCCAGAAGGAGAUAAUGCGUGUGAUCGGGACUCAGGUGUACACAAACUGAGCGGCAGCGGGGACCCCUCCCCCGGGCCCCCCCCCCCCCCCCACCCCACCCCCGGGCGCCGAGCGAAGCCCCCAGGGUGAAGGACGAGUGGGUUUGGAGGCUCCCGGGUGGGGCAGAGACGGGGGGCCCACGCCGGCGGCCCCACCCUGUACAUAGGCGUCAAGCAUCCAGUGGGCACCAGGCGGGUUUAGCUGUCCCUUGUCCCCUCCCCGUCCCGUCCCCCCAGUGUCCCCCACCCCGUGGCAGCGUGGAAGAAGGAGCUGCGGGGGCUGGCGGGGCCGGUGGCCGCCCCUCCUGGCGUUGGCAGCGACGGCGUUUUUAUCGACGAUGAGAAACCGAAGCAAAAACAAAAACAAAAAAACAAACAAAAAAAAAAAACAACCAACCAACCGAACAAAAAGACGAAACAAAC